AUGCGCGUCAACACAGCAGUUAUGCAGGUCAACACAGCAGCCAUGCUAGACAACGCAGCAGCCAUGCUAGACAACACAACAGACAUGCUAGGCAACACAACAGCCAUGCUAGAGAACAGAACAGCCAUGCUAGACAACACAACAGCCAUGCUAGACAACACAACAGCUAUGCUAGACAACACAACAGCUAUGCAGGUCAACACAGCAGCCAUGCUAGACAACACAACAGCUAUGCUAGACAACACAACAGCCAUGCUAGACAACACAACAGCCAUGCUAGACAACACAGCAGCCAUGCUAGACAACACAAUAGCCAUGCUAGACAACACAACAGCCAUGCAGGACAACACAACAGCCAUGCUAGGCAACACAGCAGCCAUGCAGGUCAACACAGCAGCAAUGCUAGAUAACACAGCAGCCAUGCAAGACAACACAGCAGCCAUGCUAGACAACACAGCAGCAAUGCAGGUCAACACAGUAGUAAUGCAGGACAACACAGCAGCCAUGCAGGACAAUACAGCAGCCAUGCAGGUUAACACAGCAGCCAAGCUGGUCAACACAGCAGCCAUGCAGGACAAUACAGCAGUCAUGCUAGACAACACAACAGUCAUGCCGGUCAACACAGCAGCCAUACUAGACAACACAGCAGCCAUGUAG